AUGUCCGGCCCUCACAACCUCCAUAAUGCGCUCCUGCGCCCUCCCAUCAUCCAAAUCCUUCGCGCAGCAGGCUACCAUGCGUCACGACCGUCAGUUCUCGACACCCUCGCAGACCUCACAAUCCGCUAUCUUCUUCUCCUCGGCUCAUCCGCUGCCGAACACGCCGCAAACAGUCACCCAGACGACCCCGUUCCAACCUUGCAAGACAUCCAACUCGCACUUCAAGACGCAGGCGCUCUACGACCACAAAUCAAAGACUUUGAAGAAGACUGGCGAGGUGAAGAAGAUCUCCGCGGUCUUGAGGCAUUCACGUCAUGGUUUACAGGGCCCGUCAACUCCGAAAUUCGACGAAUAGCUGGAUAUGUACCUAGUGAAGGCGAUGUUGUGGAUGCCGAUAUGCUCGAGAAGGAGGAUUAUCUGACAGCGUUGAAGAAGAAACAUAGCAAAACUGGGGAGGAGUCUAGGUAUGCGGGCACGGUGUUGGGUAAAGACGCGGAGGAGCAUCCUAUCGUUAUUGAGGGAGGAUCUGCGAGUAGCAUUGGAGAAUGGGCCUCGCAGGUGAAGACGCGAGAACCGUUUGAUGAUUCGUCGUCGUCGGCUAUCAGCAGUGUUCCAAGCAGUCUUUCGAGUGGAGAGUGA